UGUUUUCUCGGUCAGUACGGUCAGUUCUACAAAAACUGCCCGUAUUUUAGUUGUUUUUUCCUCUUCUCCACUAUUUCUCUUUCUCUCUGUAAUCGUCCCUCCCGCUUCUUCUUCCCAUUCGAAAUAUCUUCUUCUUCUCUCUCUCUACAGAGAUUUCUUCUACUCGCAGCUUUGAAUCGGCGGUGACUUGAAUAACUACCACCGUCAACGAAGACUCAUCUUAACCACAACCGCCGCCGUCAACAACAACAACAGCGCUAGUUCAGUGUUUCGCUGAGUCAAAGUUCAAUCUCUGUUUUCAGAAGAUAAAAAUGGCAAUGGAGAUUACACAGUUUUUGUUGGCGGCUCAAUCGCCAGAUGCAAAUGUAAGAACAGCUGCAGAGGGAAACUUGAAGCAGUUUCAAGAGCAGAAUCUACCUAGUUUUUUGGUUUCUUUGUCGGUUGAGCUUGCAAAUGAUCAGAAACCUCCAGAGUCAAGAAGGUUGGCUGGUAUCAUUCUUAAGAAUUCAUUAGAUGCUAAAGAGUCUGGUAGGAAGGAACAACUGGUUCAGCAAUGGGUGGCAAUUGAUGGUGGUGUUAAGGGACAGAUUAAAGAAAUGUUAUUGAGGACUCUAGGUUCUGGUGUGACUGAAGCAAGGCAUACUGCCUCUCAGGUUAUUGCGAAGAUCGCUUCCAUUGAGAUCCCUCGCAAGGAGUGGCCAAAUCUCAUUGCUUCGUUAUUAUCUAAUAUGACACAGCAAGAAUCGCCUGCCACAUUGAAGCAGGCCACACUGGAAACUCUUGGAUAUGUUUGUGAGGAAAUAUCACAUCAAGAUCUUGCUCAAGAUGAGGUCAACACCGUCUUAACUGCUGUUGUUCAGGGUAUGACACUUGGUAAUCAUGGUGUUGAAGUUCGACUUGCAGCUACAAGAGCCUUGUAUAAUGCUCUAGAUUUUGCACAGACUAACUUUGAGAACAAGAUGGAGCGCGAUUACAUAAUGAAGGUUGUCUGCGAGACUGCCAUGGCUGCAGAAGAAGAUAUCAGACAAGCUGCAUUUGAAUGCCUUGUUUCCAUUUCAUCUACUUACUAUGAAGUGCUGGAAGAGUAUAUGCAGACUCUGUUUGAACUUACUUCAAAGGCAGUGAAGGAGGAUGCAGAACCUGUUGCCCUGCAAGCUAUCGAGUUCUGGAGUUCCAUCUGUGAUGAAGAAAUCGAGAUUCAAGAGUAUGGUGGGGAUGAGAGUGUACAUUCCUGCUUCAUUGAGAAGGCCUUAACCUCGCUGGUUCCUAUGUUGUUAGAGACGUUAUUGAAACAGGAAGAAGAUCAGGAUCAGGAUGAUGGUGCUUGGAAUCUGUCUAUGUCUGGUGGGACAUGCCUUGGGCUUGUUGCAAGGACUGUUGGGGAUGCAGUAGUUCCUCUUGUGAUGCCCUUUGUGCAGGAGAAUAUAGUUAAGACAACUGAUUGGCGUUGUCGUGAAGCAGCCACCUAUGCUUUUGGGUCUAUUCUCGAAGGUCCUUCAGAAGAGAAACUCUCUCCAUUGGUAAAUGCUGGUUUGGAGUUUUUGCUUAAUUCGAUGAAGGAUGAGAACAGCCAUGUAAAGGAUACUACAGCUUGGUCUUUAAGUAGGAUAUUUGAGACAUUGCAUUCCCCUGCUCGUGGUUUUUCUGUGAUCACUCCUGGUAAUCUUCCUCACAUCAUGGCUGUGUUGCUAGAGAGUAUUAAGGAUGUUCCAAACGUUGCAGAGAAAGUCUGUGGGGCAAUUUACUUUCUUGCCCAAGGAUAUGAGGAUGCUGGUCCAAGUUCCUCUCUCCUCUCACCUUAUCUUCCAAGCACAAUAUCUGCCCUGCUUGCUGCAACAGAGAGAACUGAUACCCAUGAUUCUAGGCUUAGGUCUUCUGCAUAUGAGACCCUCAAUGAGGUUGUUAGAUGUUCCAAUAUUGCGGAGACAGCAAACAUCAUUUCUCAGCUGUUACCUGUUAUUAUGACCAAGUUGUCCCAGACUAUGGAUGUACAGAUCCUAUCAACAGAUGAUAGAGUAAAGCAGGGAGAUUUACAAGCUCUGCUCUGCGGUGUUCUUCAGGUGAUCAUCCAGAAAUUAAGUGCUUCAGAUGAGAGCAAGACUGUUAUUCUUCAGGCAGCAGAUCAAAUUAUGAUGUUAUUCCUCAAAGUGUUUAGUUGCCGCAGCUCUACAGUACAUGAAGAAGCUAUGCUUGCUAUUGGGGCAUUGGCUUAUGCUACAGGUUCUGAAUUUGUCAAAUACAUGCCAGAAUUCUACAAGUACUUGGAGAUGGGUUUGCAGAAUCAUGAGGAGUAUCAGGUCUGCGCCAUAUCUGUUGGUGUCGUAGGUGAUAUUUGCCGUGCUUUGGAUGACAAGUUUGUUCCAUUUUGUGAUGGGAUCAUGUCCCUUCUUCUUAGUGACUUGUCAAAUGGUGUUCUUCAUCGAUCUGUGAAGCCUCCAAUUUUUUCAUGCUUUGGAGAUAUUGCUCUUGCAAUAGGCGAGCACUUUGAGAAGUACCUCGCCUACGCAAUCCCAAUGAUGCAGAAAGCCUCUGAGGUUUGUGCUCAGAUAGACAAUGAUGAUGAGGAGAUGAUGGAUUAUGGGAAUCAACUGAGGCGUGGUAUCUUUGAAGCUUACUCGGGUGUCCUCCAGGGUAUGAAGGGUUCAAAAGCAGAUCUUUUGUUGCCACAUGCUGGUCAUCUCUUGCAAUUUAUUGAAUUGGUGUUCAAUGAUAAGACAAGGGAUGAAAGUGUUUCUAAAGCUGCUGUAGCGGUGUUGGGUGAUCUAGCUGACACACUGGGUCCAAAUCUGAAGGUAUUGUUCAGUGACAGAGUCUUUUAUAAUGAGUUUUUAGGAGAGUGUAUGGAGUCAGAAGAUGAUCAGCUCAAGGAAACAGCAGUUUGGACACAGGGAAUGAUAGGACGUGUUCUGGUAACUUAAAUGGGUGAUUCAAAUAUGGGGCUCUUGGUUCUUCGUUGAUCUAUAAUCAGGUGUCUGUGCCCAUUACUCUUUUUUUGGUCGUUUAGAAAUGGGCUCUUAAUUUGUUUAUCAUUUAUUUUACAAGCUUUUCUUUUAAGAGGUCAUGGGUGGAGUUUAUAGAGUGGUGGGUUGUGAGUUUGUCUGUCUGUGAUGUGUAUUAUAUAGUAAGUGGAGAUGAGGACAUAACUCUUGGUUGUUUCAUUGUUUCCUUUUGGAGGGGUAGUCUGGGUAAAGUCCUCAAGUUGUGAACAGAGAGUUGAAAGUCAAAAGACUGCUCGGAAAGUGGUACUGUUAAAUUCAAUUGAUUCUGGUUUUUUAGUCAAUGUAUCCACUUAUCGGUGGUUUCGUUGUUGUGUCAUAUUUCUGUUCAUCUUUUUUUAUUCAAAUUUACAGAGUCAGAAAGUUAUAUGA